UUUUUGUUAUUAUGCAUAUGGGACAGGCCGAUGUUCGUCAACAACACGAACUGCUGACUGCCGCUGGCACCGCUCGUUGAUUGUUGGUGGCACAGCCAAGCUUGUUGCUCACGAAGGUGUUGUCUGUUAGAGCCAGGUACCCGUGGUUACAAGCACACGGAGUGUAUAGGUUUGCGGGCUGCACACCAUGUUGAGGUUGCGGUCUGCGGCCAUCGUCUUCACCACGCUCUGCGCUUUGAGCGGGAUCGCCACGGGCAGUCCCGCUCUUGCGUCCCAGCAGCAGUGGACAGAUACGCGGUUGCAUGGAGUGCCAGUGCUUCCGCUUGUACAGGGAGCACGUGGUGGAGCGGGUCAAGACAGUGUCCCCAAAGAGCUAGGGGCAGGGCUACGCCCUCGAGAGUCGUACCAUAUUUCCCGCAAGACUUUCCACUUCUCGACCAUCAUGGCGUUCGCCGUCGUCUACAGCGCCAAGCUCCCGCAGAGGGACUUCGCGAGAGGCAUGGCGGCUCUAGAUGCGUGCGUGCUCGCGGGCGAACUGGCCAGGCUGCGAGUGGACGUGGUCAACAGAGUCUUGUUUCGGGUGUUCGGUGCUUUCAUGCGGGCGCAUGAGCUCAAGAAGUUCAGCGGAAUCAUGUACUGCCUUGCAGGUCUCGGGAUAACGUCGGCGAUGUUCCCGAAGCACAUUGCCCUGCUGGGAAUGCUCCAACUCGCCCUCGGCGACCCCGUGGCCGCGCUCUGCGGACACGCCACUCGGUCCGUCGGUUGGUCUCGAGUGGGGACCGGCAAGGGCCUCCUAGGGGCUCUCGGCUGCGCGACGGCGCUAACGCUAGCCAAUUCCUUCGUGCUGGCCAAGGCGAGGUUCGAGUCGGGGGCGCCGACGCUCCGCCGAAUCGUGCUGGCCGGUGGGAUGAUCGCGGCGUGGGCGGCGGCGGUGGAGGUGAGCGUCCCGAGCCCCCAGAAGACGCUCCCCUGUGAAGGCUUCCCGCUGGCGUUCGAUGACAACGCGGCGCUGCCGGUGCUGGGCGCGAUGGGCGCGGCGGUAGUGUUUCGUGUGCUCGGGCUGGGGAGCUGCGAGCUGCGACCGUGGCUGUUUGGUUGAGUAAAGGGUUAGUUUCUAGCAUUUUUUUCUGUUCUUGAGGUAUAUUUUACGUGGUGUUCGUGGAUGAGCCUUGAAGGAGGAGCAGGUUGUCUUGUAGAAUCUGUGCGGGCGCGUUGUGGGUAGGUACGAUAGUAAAGUUUAGGUAAGUAAGGGUGGAAAUUUAAUUGUUUUAAACUUCACCGUCUGGUGACGCCGUCCGAAACGGAGCGAAUGAAGGAGGGUUAACGUUCGAGUACUGUAAGUCUGGACAGCAUUCCCCCACCUGCACGUACAUGUGGAUGUUUUUCGUGUUUGACCUGCUCAAGGAAGGAUGAUCGUCUAGGCCUUGUAAAGCCAUGCUUUUCACCGC